AUGAUUUCAUCAUCCUUGGGUGCAAAUUCUGUGUCGACCCAUUCCACUCCUUCUCCAACAAAAACUCCUCAACCGAUCGUUAUGGCCCCAAUCAUGGAAUCCCAAUACGAUGCAAAACUCUUUGAUCGGAGUCAAAAAAGUUUUUAUAAUUAUUUAAAAAGUAGACCCUUCUUGAUGAGUAUGAAAAAACAUCGAACCAAUCACUCGGUACAAAAUUUGCUGGAUAUGAAUAUUGAAAAAAGAUUGAUGAAUAUUUUGGAUGUGAAUCAUGUUGCGUUUAUGGGCGAGUUUAAGACGGGAUCGAGUGGAGGAGAGGAUUGUUGUUUUUGUCUCACCACUAAUCAUCAUAAUAUCGUUGCGACUAGCAAUGGAAGAGCUAAUUUAUUAUUAUUUAACUAUGAUGGUGUCAAGACCAAGGAAUUUAAAUCACAUCACAAGGAAAUUGUCACACAAAUACACUUUGUGAAAAAUCGAAUCACCGAACAGCAACAACAUUCAUCAGAGAAUGUUCAACCGUCGUCAGAGAAAGGCCAUCCGAUCGAUAGAGAAAUGUUCUAUACGUCAUCUCUCGAUAAAACCAUCAAAGUAUGGCAUGGUGAGAAUAAUAUUCAAACAUUGAAGGAUCACAAAGACUGGAUUCGUUGCUUGAAUACCAACUGUGAUGCUACUACGUUAUAUUCGGGAUGCAUUAGUGGAUUUAUUUAUGGAUGGGACAUUAAUAGCAAUCAUCAAGUCGUUUUUCAAAUUCAAAACGACCCAAAGGACGCGCUUGGAGGUUUAAACACAAUUAACUCCUUGUUAUCUGCAAAUCGAUCACCAAACAUUCUUUAUACUGCUUCACGUGACGGUUGUUUGAGAAUGUAUGACACAAGAUGUUUGGUUUUCAAUAGUAAUACGGGAGUAAAUACAGCGAAGCCAAAAUUCAAAAUCAAGUCUCACAAUGGAAAAAUGAAUCAAUUACAAAUUACGAAAGACGAUUUGCAUUUACUCUCUAGUGGAAGAGAUAGUACUAUGAGACUGUUCGAUGUCAGAAAAAUGCCCUCAACUACCAUCUGUGACGUCUCAUCUCUGGAUCCGUUUGUUGUACAAACCUACUCACAGCAUGAAUGCAAGAGUUACAAUGUUAGCUCAACUUUCUUUAGAGAAGAGAAGUAUGUUCUCACAGGAAGUGAAGACAACAAGAUUUAUAUUUACGAUACAUGGUCAGGAAAGUUGGUUCGCACUCUCAGUGGACACGAAGGUGUGGUGCAUUUAUUAAUGAACUUGGAUGAUUAUCGACUGAUUUCCAAUUCUAUUGAGUCGAGCCGUCUGUUUUUCUGGGCUCCUACUCUCGAGAAGGCAGACAUUUUAUCGAAUUUAGAAAAAGAAGUUGACGAUUCACUUGAAAGAAAUAUUUUGGAACGAGUCAUGAGACAACAUGGAGAUCAAAUUCUCAAUUUAUAUCACUCAAACAGUUUGCAACAUGAAAACGAAGGAGGUCUGUCACAAGCCAUGACCAAUUUAGUCAUUACUCCAGAAAAUCAACAAGUUUUCAAUGAUAUCAUGCAAACAUUUUUGCGAACUGUCAUUCAAGAACAAGAACAAGGAAGACAAUUCAACUGGGAUAGUUUAGAUACUCUUGAAGAAGAUUCUGAUGAUGAUUCUAAUAGUGAUCCCUAA